GGGUGAGCUCUGGCUCUGUGAUAUUCGACCGUGACGCGUUCGACGUCUUCGAGGUGCCCCAGGCGGUGCUCUACCCCGGCCGUGCUGUUGCCAGCAUGGUUCAUGCUCCUGGGUGCGAGGCCAUCUGCGUCGCCUCGCUCUAUCCGACCCACGCCGAAGGCUUGUCGGAGGGCAACUUAGAAAUACUGAAAGAGGUGGGAGCUUUCUUGUCGUCCACGUCGCGUGAGUUCGCGGUGGGUGGGGAUUGGAACCUCGCUCCCGAAGCCUUGCAGGAUUCGGUCUUCGACAAGGAGCUCUCGUGCCAGAUUGCGCCCCCCGGCAUGGGGGUGGCCCAGAAGGGCUACGACGCCGCUUCGAGGGUUGAUUUUGAUGGGGCGGCUGCUGUUUUGGACUCGGGAUACAGGCUGUGGGCCAACACUGCCGAAGCCGAGAUCGGUGACGUCAUGGGUGUCGAGGCGCCAGUGGCAGGUGCUCGCGGCAAGCGGCCGCAGAUGCACUGGCGGUCGGUGCUGAAGCCUUCUGGCCGCUUCAGGGGCGCCAAGCAGCGUCCCAUCUUCUGGUUGCACUCGCAGUUGCAC